UACAACUUACUAUGACGGAACCGCCACAUAUGGUGGCUACUCCAAUAUGAUGGUAGCGGAUGAGCACUUUGUGGUUUGAAUUCCUGAAAACAUGCCUCUUGAUGGUGGUGCUCCUCUCUUAUGUGUGGGGAUCACAAUAUAUAGUCCUUUAAAAUACUAUGGCCUUAACAAGCCUUGCAUGCAUGUGGGAGUGGUUGGUUUGGGUGGUUUGGGGCAUGUAGCUGUGAAGUUCGCAAAAGCCUUUGGAGUAAAAGUGACAGUGAUUAGCACCUCACCUAACAAGAAGAAUGAAGCUAUGGAGCAUCUCAGUGCCGAUUCAUUUUUGGUCAGUCGUGACCAAGAUCAGAUGAAUGCUGCAAUGAGCACAAUGGAUAGUAUCAUUGACACAAUCUCUGCAGUUCACCCUCUCAUGCCACUACUUGGACUGUUGAAGUCCAAUGGUAAGCUUGUUAUGGUUGGUUUACCAGAUAGGCCACUUGAGCUGCUAGCCUUCCCCCUUAUUAUGGGAAGGAAACAAGUGGCUGGGAGUUGCAUUGGGGGCAUGAAGGAGACACGAGAGAUGAUUGAUUUUGCAGCAAAACACAACAUAACAACAGAAAUUGAGGUGAUUCCAAUGGAUUAUGUGAACACUGCCAUGGAAAGUUUUGCAAAGGGUGAUGUUAGAUAUCGUUUUGUCAUAGACAUUGGAAACACAUUAACUGCCUAAAGUUUUAGCCUACCUACAACAUCCCAUCUACCAUAUGAAUGGCCAUAGAAUAAAUUUUGGCCUUUUAAGUUUACAUGUUGAGAUAAGCUCCUUUCCUUGUUUCAAAAUAUGUCUUAUAGAUAAUUAAAUAAAAUUAUUUCUAAAUUUA